GGGUUAACAGCGGUCAUGUAGCUGUUUUCCAAUACCCAACUCGGCCGCCGCCUCAGGCGUCUUCUACGAAACCAGUCCCCGAUUAUUAGCCUGAACUUAAAUUAAAGUACUGCAAUGUUUGGCCCGUUUGCCUCUUAUUGGAUGUUUGGUGGCACUAUCAAACUUACUUUUGCGCUUACAACUUCAAAGUCAGGUAGUAAAAAAAAAAGUUCAAGCCUGCGACUGACCGAAGUCGAGUAUUGGAAAAAGCCAAGCCCAGGGAUUAACCUGCUGCCAAGCUAACUGAAGUCAUGUGAGCGACGCGACAAGUAUAGUACAGUGCAUGCAGUGCGGGGCAGGCCUAGGGGCCAUAUUUGCAGUGAAAGUGAAAGGUGUUUUGCUGUCGGACACGUUGACCACUGUACUCAUGCUUAAAUGGUCGUAUGUUGCGGGCAUGAAACAACCUUGGAGGUGAUUCUGAAUCUAGAUUGACAUGAUUAAAUAGAUCAAAGCGAAGUUGUGGAAAAGCGGCAAGAUCAGCACAGCAGAGAGUACACUUAACUGGAGUCACAUGCACGGAAUGACAGACAAAGCAGGUGUGUCGACAAUGUUAUCACAAUAGAGGAUUCUAAGAAUCACUGGGCAGGACUGUGGAAACCCCCUAAACAAUUGUGCCAUUAAUCUGGGUUAUUUUUGUCCCGCUGAAGCAUACAGAAUUGUUCUACUGACUGCUUGAUGCUGGACCAGGUCAGGAAAUCAAUGUGAUUGGAAGGAAGUGACAGUGACCGUGUUAUCUGGAAGUGAAUGGAAAUGUCAGAUGCUUGUGGUGAGCAAGGUGAACACCGAUGCAAUAUCAAAUAACCAGGAAGUUUAAGGCUGGUGUUUUUGUAUUCACUUGCUCGGCCAAGGAUGUUGUAACCUGAUAUUUGAGUAUUAGAGUUUUGGUUUCAGACCAGUUUCCUUCCAAGUAUUCUCUUUUCUGCAUUGUACCUCUGGAAAGUCCCGCUCUGUAGAUGUACAAAAUUUACCGUUGGGAAACAACUUUUACAACGUCAGUUUCAUGUUUGUGGGAGAAGGAAGCUUCCUGAGUAUUCAUACACGUAAGUUGGAGCGUCAAGACGGCAUGUUAUGUACUUCAAAACCGUGUUUGCUGAGACUGUAUUAAGCUUUCGGAACAAAUGACAAUAUGUAUAUUUAGCUUUUGGAAAUAAGACUUGAACCCCAGACCCUCUUUAUGUGUGCAGUGGUUAGUUAGUCUGCUCUGCUGCAGCUGUGAAGGGUGCCAGACGACUUUUGCAUGCACCGCCGAGACCUAUAGCACUGAUUGUCUCCAGUUAUCAUGGCAACUCCAACUCUUGAUUUGGUGUGUUGUGCAUUCCGGAACCUGAGCGUUGCCGUUAAAGUUAAGGCAACGAACAGAAGCUGGGUUGAACAUAAAGAGGACGUGAUAACAUUUCUCCGCGUCUUCAACAUCUUAGCCAUACUGUCUUCCUGCCUGAGUAUUUUGGGUGCAGUGUACAUUCUCUUCCCGAAGAAGUCGUACAUACCCAGACAGGGGAGGUCCCUCAGAGCUGUGGAGAGGCAGAAGAAGAUCCUGACAUGGCUUUCUGUUGCUGACGUGUUGGCAUGUCUUGGUGUACUGACCAUUGCCAGCGUGGGUUUGAAUGAUGUUGACUCCAUCGAAUGGGACAUCAGCGAAAGUCCUGUCCUGAAGUGGGCCUGCAUCAUCAUCACGGCAUGGAUACAGUACUUCUAUGUGGCUACCUAUUUUUGGACUUUCUUCUAUGCACUUGACGUUAACCUUAUGCUACGAGGAAGCAACAGAAAGAUGUUUCGUAUCUACCUGGUGUUAGCCUGGUUGGUUCCAGCCAUCAUGGUGAUUACAGGACUGCUGUCCAUGUACCUGUCGUCUCCCGGAGGUAGUCUCCAUUGUGACCCCACCUAUAAGAGAUGGGAGAGCUUGUUGCCUCAUUACCUGGUGUCCUACAUACCCAUGCUGAUUGUGCUUAUAGUGAAUCCAGUCUUGUACUGGUUCUCUGCUAGGAAAGUUGGGCCACUGUUGAUGCGUGGCAACAUGUUCACUGACAGAGAGCGCCAGAUUCAGAGUCAAGUUCAGCGAAAAUUCUUAUUCAUUAUCCUCGUCUUCACCUUCUGCUGGCUGCCGAAUGUCAUCAAUGGUUGCAUUUUGCUUAACAACUUAGCCACCUAUCAAACAUCCUGGCAUACCUUUGGACCCUUCCACGCAGUCGUAUGGAGUACUAUGGCGGUCAUGAAUCCUUUACAAGCCUUCCUGAAUGCCCUGAUCUACUGGGGUCCGGGCGGCUGUACGCAGAGCAUCCCGUCACAGGUUGAAUCUGACUACGACUGGACUUUCUUAAGCAACAAUCACCCGGACCAGGUCUUUAGCGACUCCGGUGAGGAACGUAGGCCACUGAUAGGAAGACCCAGGCGAAUGAGGAACAGGCUUUUUUAAGCUAAAAAAUUAAGAAAACUGACUACAUUCAGAAUUGCCAUGGAACAGUAGGUCAAACUAAAUCAGGUUCCUUUGAAUCUAGUCAGGAAAUUGACAGGAUUGGAACCCAGGAUCAAAACAAGACCGGUGUUCUAAAAGCUGAGCUAUCCAGCCCUAGAUGCAUGUAGUCUCCUAUUUUGUGACUGGCUUUUACCCUUUUGGUCAGUUAGUAUGAUACUUUGUUUCAAGUACGUUUGCCAAAGGCCCAUUGGAAUAUUCAUUCAACAAUUCUGCAAGGAUAUAUUUUCUUUUGUACUCACCCAUUUCCUUCCUGGAUAACUGUGAGCAAUAUCAUAAAAGUACACUUAAGCAGCCUAGGAUUAAAUGUUUCUCACCAGAUUCAGGCGGUAAGAAGAAAAUCAACCUCGGAAGAAUUGGGCCGAGUACGACAUUUUUUCGACCAGGUUUUUUUAGGGGGAAAAAUUGGAGAGGGUCCCAUAUUUUUUCUACCUAGCAGACUUUCUGGAUAUGUUUGCUGGUACUUUCAUUUUUUCAAGAAGCUUUUUCACGAUCUCAACUAGUUUCUAACUUCUGUGUAUUUAGUUACUUAUUUGGUUGGAAAUGAGAAGUCAAGAUAUGUUGCAAAUUUACACAAGCGAAGGGGGGGGGACCACAAUGGAAACGGGAGUGAAUGGAGUAAAAAUUGUAUUCAUUUUUGCAAUUGGCCUGAAACUGUUCAUACAUGUAUGUCCUACUAUUAUUGCUGUCAUAACUUUAUUGCUGGUGAUCCAUCUUCGUCAGGAAAAACAAAGUUCUCUGGUCUUUGGCAAUCAUACUCUUUUAGCAGGUCUACAAAUUAUGUUUGUCUUGCAUGAACCGAUUCCUUGUUUGCCAUUAAUAAGGAGUCCGAGGAGAAAACGUUAAAAGUUGCCACCUUGAAAUGCGUAUGCCUUGCAUACGCGCAUAUCCAUUUUAGGAGGAAAGAUAAAUUUAGAUUAGUUUGGAAAUUUAGAUUUGAAUGAUGAUUAAUUAUUAAUAAAUGAUUAAUUAGAAUUUUGUUUAAGCUUCAAAAUUUAAUAAAAGUAAUCUAAUUACACUGAAGUACUCUUUUAAUCUCCAUACAUCAAAUGUAUUCCUUUGCUAUUUUUCGAAAUACUUAACACAGUUUUGUGUUCAUAAUGGGAAUAGUCAUGGUGGAGGGUUAGUGUAAAAUUUGUGAGUCCAAAUAUGGGCAACAGUAUUUAUUUCUUUCUAUAUUUAUAUAUUUGGUAUAUUUCCACUGAAUGUUCACGGUUAAAUGCAAGUAGUGUAUUUGUGUUUGAAGUUAAAAUGUAUUCCUUAUCUAUCUUAAAGGUAUGCUUCUUUUCUUUUUCAAUUUUCUGUGGUUGAGGGGCGAGGAGUUGACUAUUCAAGAUAAAUUCAUUUCAGUUAAAGUUCUUUAAGAUUCAGUUCUAAUAAAGAAACCUAUAUAUGUUGA